GAUCAGGUGGAGCCUCCAGAGAAAACGGGACACCCGAGGAGUCUACUGAGAAACUGUGUCGGCUACUUCGUCGAUCGCUCGGCUGAGCUCGGCCUCCCGAUUCCAGAGGCGCUACGUACUGGGCAUGGACCGAAUGCCGGAGAGAUCCUACUUCGCAUACGCUUGUCUUACUUGGGCCGUGGCAAGGACGCCAUGUUUGCAAUGGCACUUUGCCCACCUGCCUCAGAAGACCAUGGCACGCAUCUGCAGGUGGACGGCGAUCCGAACUUUCACCUGCAGGGACUUUGGGACGAUGUUGUGGAUGUCAAGCGUGACCUCGUCGAGGACGCGAUGAGCUGUGUGUCCAACUUCAUCCUUUACAUUCUCCUCUGGCGGUCGUUCUUGGUGACCGGCACUCUCGUGGCUUGGCUGGUGCUGCCUCUGGCAUACUCUGCUUUGCGGCCACAUCAGCGAAAUCUCUGGCUGCUGUCUGCGGUGGUGCCUGGCAUGCUGUCAUUCAUCAUGCUGCUGCUGUCGUGCCCCAAGCUUCGAGCUUCCAUGGUGCACGGUGGAAUCAAUGCCCCGCUGACGCAAGAAGGAUUUGCGAGUGCGGCUGCCUGGAGAGACAGCGCGCAGAUGGUUGCCUUCCUCAGGAGAGUUAUCGCCGAUCUUCAGGGUAUUGUGAACGAUGAUCAUGAGCUGCAGUCCCUGGCUGCUCGCUGCUUCCGUGAUGGAAAGCCGCGACUUACACUCUCUGAGCUGAGGACCGUACUGAAAGGCGCACACUGGGUCAGCAUCGCAGUUUCGGAGCCCGAGGAUGCAGAGAAGGCCGGUGCAACACAAGCGCUGCUUCGCGAGGGUUUUGCGGGGACUCGACUUCUGCCUGGAGACUUGGUGCUGGUCGACAACCACGCUCGCGCCAUCGUGAAAUCCAUAGAGGAUCCUUUUGUCGUUGUGGAGUACGAUGACCCGGAACACGUGGACUUGAUCAGCCGCGAGCAGGCGAGCGAUCAGAGUGCCGCUCCCUCACAAAGCUACGAGACGCUUGUUCCUCUCGGUGCCGACACAGAGGCUGUUGUUUCCGACCGUGGCGCACCGGCCAAAAGCUUUUCGGCGCAGGAGAGACUUCCCAAAGCAAGGUUGUCGCUCCGGCCGCAGGUUCCGGAGCUACCAAAGCAGUACAUUCCGAACUACAUGGCCAGCCACAUCAACUCAAUUUGCAUCCUUGUGGAUGAUUGCAACAGACGCUUGUGCCCAUGGUUGCGUUACUGGAGUAGCAUUUUGUCCUGGCGUCGAUGGCGCAUCUCGUUGGCGCUGGUGCUGGUCUUGGGCAUGCUUUCGUCCGUGUCGAUUGCCGCCUUCGUCUUGGAGCUCACCCAGGAGUCGGCAGGUCGUGCUCUUGCCAGGACGCUGCUCAGAUACUUCAUUCUUGGAAGCAAGAUUCUGCUACUUGCAGUAAUUUCAGCCGUAUUCUUGUCAAAAGCUCGAUGGUUUGUGCCCGUGCGGUCUUUCUGUCGCAUUUUCUGGCGGACGCUCUGUCACAAGCGGCGAGCUCCCGACAUCUGGCCAUUCUUUCGUGAAGGCCAAUCGGAGAUCAACAGAGCGAGCUCCUUGAGUGGCUCUCCCACGGCAUCUGCCGUCACCUCUGACUGA